AUGGCAUGGCAGGUGAGCAUGCCUGAGCUGGAGGACCGCCUUCAGUGCCCCAUCUGCCUGGAGGUCUUCAAGGAGCCCCUGAUGCUGCAGUGUGGCCACUCCCACUGCAAGGGCUGCCUGGUGUCCCCGUCCCGCCAGCUGGACUCGGAGCUGCAUUUCCCUGUGUGCAGCAGCAGCUCCCAGCCCAGUGUCUCCCUGGCGCUAGUGAUCGAAGCCCUGCACCACCCCGGGGCCCCAGAGCCCAAGGAGUGUGUGCACCACCAGAACCCGCUCAUCCUCUUCUGUGAGAAGGACCAAGAGCUCAUUAGUCUCUGCGGCCUGCUGGGCUCCCACCAGCACCACAAGGUCACGCCCAUCUCCACUGCCUACAGCCACAUGAAGGAAGAGUUAGCGGCUCUCAUCUCUGACCUGAAGCAGGAACAGAAGAAGGUGGAUGAGCAUAUUGCCAAACAGGUGAACAACAGGACCCGGAUUGUCAACGAGUCCGAUGGCUUCAGCUGGGUGAUCUGCCAUGAGUUCCAGGAAUUGCACCACCUGGUGGACGAGGAGAAGGCCCGGUACCUGCAAGGGGUGGAGGGUCACCCCUAAGGCCUCGUGGCUUCCCUGGACCUGCAGCUGGAGCAGGCUCCAGGAACUCGUGAGCAGCUGGGCCAGGCUGAGCGUGUGCUGGAGCAGUUCGGUAACGAGAGUCACCAUGAAUUCAUCCAGAAGUACCACUCCAUGGCCUCCAGGUAA